AUGAAUAAUCAAAUGCCAAGGAAACCUCGGUACACCAUUAGUAAUGCAGCCAGAACUGUAGCUGGCCCUAAUAGUCAAACCCACGCUACUCCGCGACAUGCAAGAGCCCCUCCACCUCCGCGUUCCGGCAACGGUGCUCAACAAUCCCGUGUUAACACUAUACUAUUUCGACCACCUCGCAAUGAAACACGGCUGGCUUUGUCAAGUGACAUUGGGGACACUCGAGCUCCUACAACAAAUAGAAAGCAUCCACCAGAUUCACAUGAAGGUGUAGAUGACCAUUCAGAAGAUGAAGACUACAACCCAGAGGCGGAUGAGAUCGAGUCAUUUGAUGACCAUCUAGACAACAUAUUUUCCGCACAUGAAGUUGAACGUCAAGAAAAUGGUGUGAUCUCUUCUAUGAAGCUGACUGUUAAGGAGGCAUUAGCACUUCCUCCUGGAAAGAAGAUCGUUCUACACCAUAACAGAGAGUUGCAACAAGUUGGUCAGGUAGCGGGCUUAUUGAGCGGGUUCUUGGGGACAUUGGGGUCUGAUUUUCAACAAUUACCAAUUUGUGCAAAGAGUUGGAAGACAAUGAGCAAGGCUUCCAAGGAGCAUGCAUAUGACCAGGUUAAGCGAGUCUUCCACUAUGAGGACGAUAAAAGAGGGUGGAUAAAGCAGGGAAUUGUACAAAAAAUAGGAAGUUGCUGGAGGAAUUCAAGAAAUCAUUUGUUCCAUAAGGUUUAUGACGAAGAACUAACUUUUGAGCAAAAUAUCAAGCGUAAGCCACCAGGAAUAGAGGCAAAUCACUGGAAAAAGUUUCUUCAAUAUCGGUUGGAUGAGGACACGAAGGAACAACGACAAGGAAGGCCUAUUGGGAGAGGAGAGGGAUGGACCAUGAGUCAAAAAAAGAAUGGAAAGUAUAUGAAUGAAGAAGCGCGUUUGGUUGGGGAAGCAAUUGAACUUAUUGAAAGCCAAGACUCCUGUAGCAAGGAAUUUUCACAGAAUGAUUCCCUUGCACAAGUGCUUGGAAAGGAGCACCCAGGAAGAGUUCGUGGACUCGGUAUUGGUACAUGUCCGAGUCGGUGUUUUUGUAACAUUCCAGAGCAGUCGGACUAUGGUGUACAGAUUGAGGAGUAUCAGAUGGAGAUUGUGAAACUUAAGGCGGAGGCAGCAGAACUCAAGGCGACAGCAGUAGAGGAAAAGGCAAAGAGACAGGGAAUGGAGACAGAGGCAGCUGAAGGGAAGCGGUUGACAACCGUUGCAAUUUCCCUUAAAUCAUAUUUUCACGAUUUAGUAGCGGAUGAAACCGCUGCAAAAUACCAUUUAGCAGCGGUUGUACCAACGGUACUAAUAACCGCUGCUAAGGGUUUAGCCGCACACUAUCUUUUAGCGAAUUUAUCAACCACUGCUAUCUAUUUGGCAGCAGUUAAAAACCGCUACUAA